AAAGAGAAGAAGAAGAAUGUUCCUAUAUAGACUGUCAGUGCACGCUGAAAAAUCAUUAUCAUUCAUAUAUAAUUAUUAAAGGGAAACAAGUUAUAGAUAGUGCAUCACAUGUGACGUUUCUAAGACGUCAAAUUUCCGAGUACAUAUAUAUAUUUUUUUAAAUUAAUGGACAUGUUAUUUGAUCCGCUUUAAAAUUCGCGGUAGAAAGUAAGAAAAAUAAUCGUGAAAGGGCGAUCUUGAUUAUCUUCCUGAUCAAUUGUCUGUGACGUAACAGCAACGGCACGCUACGUCAACAUAAACAUUCGUUUUGUUAUUUUACCCUUCACAAUUCGAGCAACUUGUCGAAUCGGAGUCGGGAGAUUAUGUUGUACCGUGAUUUCGCCGAAAUUGCCUUUUCUUAGCGUCAGAAAAACCAGGGCGUCUCUUCUUCGUGUUCUCACUUGCUCAUGGGAUUUAUCGACGAUGAAUUACAAGAAGUAUCUCAGCUGUGUCACAAUGUCGUUGACGGAAGCCGCCUCGUCUCUUGCGUGCGGAGCAUGGUUCGCGUCGAAAUAACGAAAACAUCGUUUAAGCAACUCGUCGUGUGCAUCCAAUUCAGAGAAGAUUAUCCCGCAUCGCCGUUGUUCAUCGAAUUAAAGAGUAAAACUCUAUCUACAAAAUUGCUCGACGGACUAACAGAAGUCUGCGAAAAGGAGUGUAAGCGUUUAUUGAACAAAGCACAGGUUUUGCCGAUUUUGAAGUUUAUCAGGAAUUUUAUUGAAGAGAAUCCCCUGAUUUGUUGCUAUGAUGAAAUAGGAACAUUAAAGAAACUUCUAGGAGAUAAAGACGAGUUAAAAUUGAAGCAGAAGAAUUCUUAUAUUUAUUUAACAAUACAUCAGGGUUUAUAUCAUUUUAAGACCAAGCUUGAAAUUCCGAACAAUUAUCCCAUCAAUUGUAUAAUAUUUGGUAAUGUUGAUACAAAUUUUCCACCAUUGCUUAAUCGCUACCUAAUUGGACAAGGAAAAGAAUUUGCAAGACAAUGUAUUGAGCAACCAUUUAAGAAACAAGUCCAACAAAAGUCAUUCACUCCAUCACCAUCAUUAAAUACAGUUGCUUCUUUCCUCAUAAAAACUGUAAAAGCUUUUCCACAAGAGCCUUGCCAACAUUGCAACGUAAUAUGCUUGCCAACAAACCCAGAAGAGGUUGUAGCCGACGAACAUGCGGAUUUCCACGUCGAAAGACUUUACUGUGGUCAUCUCUUUCACUUAAAAUGUCUCGUGAAAUACAUGAAGACUCCGCCAUUCCAUGGGGGUAAAAAAUGUCCUAGUUGUGGCCAACGCGUCUAUCACGAUAAAUGGGGAUUAAGUGACAAGCUUGCAGAAGCUCGUUGGGCCCAUCAACAGGCACGAGCGAGAGAAUUAGCGGAAGUUGAAGAUUUUUUCAACUAAAAUAUCCUGUAUCAGGCAGACGGCACUUAUGCAGCAACAUGGUGCUGUGAGUUUUAUGAUAAACUUUAUUAAAAACGCGAUAUAAUAAAUAGAAGCAUAUAAAAUGUGGCAAUUGACAUUUUGAGAAAAAAUAAAAUGUAUGAUAAGAAUUAAAUUAAGAGAGAAAGAGU